GACCUUUGGGUACUACAACUCUUGUUUCUCUCUCUCUCUAGGGGUGGAGAACAGGAUGGGAAGCUUUUCCGGCCCUUUUCUUCCUUGCUUUUUUCUGAUUCUUCUAUUGUUCUGUUCCUGCAAUGGAUACAGUGAUUUGGAGGUCCUGUUGAAGCUCAAGAGUUCCAUGACUGGACCGAAAGGGUCGGGACUAGAAGAUUGGGAGGAUUCGGAGCCUCCUUCGGCGCAUUGUGAUUUCUCUGGUGUUAGAUGUGAUGAAGAGUACCGGGUUAUUUCUCUGAAUGUGUCGUUUGUUCCUUUGUUUGGUGUGAUUCCUCAGGAGAUUGGGCUUUUGGAUAAGCUUGUGAACCUGACGAUUGCGGCUGAUAAUCUUACCGGGAUGAUUCCGGUGGAGGUGGGGAAUUUGGCAUCUCUGAGGCUUUUCAACAUCUCCAACAAUGCUUUCAGUGGGAAUUUCCCUGGGGAAAUUUUUCGGGGCAUGAGUCAGUUGGAGGUUCUUGAUACUUACAACAAUAACUUCACAGGGCCGCUGCCGAUUGAGAUCGUGGACCUGAAGAAUCUCCGGCAUCUCUCUUUUGGAGGCAACUAUUUCACCGGUGAAAUACCGGAAAGGUACACUGAGAUUCAGAGCUUGGUGUACUUGGGUCUGAACGGCAUCGGUCUCACUGGAAAAUCGCCUGCGUUUUUGGCUCGCUUGAAGAAUCUUGAAGAGAUGUACGUUGGAUAUUAUAACUCCUACGUCGGAGAAGUUCCGCCGGAGUUUGGUACGUUGAGUAAACUGCGGGUUCUAGAUAUGGGAAGCUGCAACCUCACAGGCGAGAUUCCGGUGAGUUUGGCCAAUUUGAAGCACUUGGAUACAUUGUUCCUUCAAAUGAAUCAUCUCACCGGUUUACUUCCCCCGGAACUCUCCGGUCUGAUUAGCUUGGAAUCACUUGAUGUUUCUAUAAACGAGCUCACCGGAGAGAUUCCAGCAAGUUUCUCCGCGCUGCAGAACAUUACGCUAAUCAAUCUCUUCAAGAACAACUUUCACGGCCGAAUCCCGCCGUUCGUCGGUGAUUUUCCUUACCUCGAGGUUCUUCAGGUGUGGGAAAACAACUUCACGUUCGAACUGCCGGAGAAUCUGGGCAGCAACGGGAAGCUUCAGAAGCUCGACGUUUCUUUCAAUCACCUUACUGGAUUCGUCCCUCGGCAUUUGUGCAAAGGAGGAAAGUUGGAUACGUUGAUUCUCAUGAAAAAUUUCUUCUUCGGGCCACUUCCAGAGGAAAUCGGUGAGUGCAAGUCUCUUACCAAGGUUCGAAUCACGAGAAACUUCCUCAAUGGAACGAUCCCCACCGGGAUUUUCAACUUGCCGCUGGUAACACAAAUGGAGUUAGAUGAUAAUUUGUUCACCGGUGAACUGCCUUCAGAGAUGUCAGGUGCUAAGCUUGGCCUGCUGAAAAUGUCCGGUAAUCUGAUCAGUGGAACAAUCCCUCCGGCGAUAGGUAAUUUGGCUAAUUUACAGACCUUGUUUCUCGAUGCCAACAGAUUUUCUGAUGCAAUUCCUGAGGAGAUCUUCAAGAUCAAGUCACUUUCGAAGCUGAACAUCAGCAACAACAACAUUAGCGGUGAAAUACCUGCUUCAAUUUCUCAAUGCACAUCACUUAAUUCAAUUGAUUUGAGUAGAAACAGGCUUACUGGAGAAAUUCCGAAAGGGCUUUCUAAGCUGAUUGAUUUGAGCAUCCUCAAUUUGUCAAGGAACCUGCUUAGCGGUGAAAUUCCCGGUGAAAUUAGAUACAUGACGAGCCUCACAACUCUUGAUCUUUCAGAUAAUGAUUUCUCCGGUGGAAUCCCCACCGGUGGUCAAUUUUUAGUCUUCAACGCAAGCUCGUUUGCUGGAAAUCCCAACCUUUGCCCAUGGCACCGAGAAAGUUGUGCAUCUUUGGCUAACAGAGCUGGAGCUUCAGGUCACCAUGCGAAGCGGUUCACGGCCUCGAAACUCAUAAUCACAGUUAUUACUCUUGUAACUGCUUUGUUAUUGAUAAUUGUAACUGUUUAUCGAAUGAGGAAGAAGCGGCUCCAGAAAUCCCUGGCCUGGAAGUUAACCGCAUUUCAGCGGUUGGAUUUUAAGGCGGAGGACGUCCUGGAGUGUUUAAAGGAGGAGAACAUCAUCGGAAAAGGCGGAGCUGGAACUGUGUAUCGGGGAUCCAUGCCGGACGGCAUCGACGUAGCAAUCAAACGAUUGGUUGGGUGCGGCAGUGGACGGAACGACCAUGGCUUCUCUGCCGAGAUUCAGACUCUUGGCCGAAUCCGGCACCGGAAUAUCGUGAAGCUUCUCGGUUACGUCUCGAACAAGGACGCGAAUCUUUUACUCUAUGAGUACAUGCCGAACGGCAGCCUGGGGGAGUUGUUGCAUGGAUCAAAGGGCAGCCAUUUGAAGUGGGAGACGAGGUACAAGAUCGCCGUGGAGGCGGCGAAGGGACUCUGCUACCUUCACCAUGACUGCUCGCCGUUGAUUAUUCACAGGGACGUGAAAUCGAACAAUAUUCUUCUGGAUUCCGAUUGUGAAGCCCACGUGGCAGAUUUUGGUCUCGCUAAGUUCCUCCAGGACGCCGGUGCCUCUGAAUGCAUGUCCACCAUUGCUGGUUCCUACGGUUACAUUGCGCCAGAGUACGCCUACACUCUGAAGGUGGACCACAAGAGCGACGUGUACAGUUUUGGAGUGGUGCUCCUGGAGCUUAUAGCGGGGAGGAAACCGGUUGGGGAGUUUGGAGACGGAGUGGAUAUUGUCCGGUGGGCGAUGAAAACGACGUCGGAGCUCCCUCAGCCUUCUGACGCGGCAUCCGUGCUGGCAGUCGUAGACUCUAGGCUGAGUGGGUACCCACUGCCAAGUGUCAUCCACAUGUUCAAAAUAGCCAUGAUGUGCGUUGUAGAAGAGAGUACCAAGAGGCCCACGAUGAGGGAAGUUGUUCACGCGCUUACUAAUCCCCCCAGUCUGCCCCAAGCCUCCUAACCUUUUUAGAGCGCAGCCCAAAGGCCCAUAGCCACAUAUUUGGUGUGCUUUCGCAGUAAAUAAAAGCAUAGUAAGCUGUAACUGUAAUAAGAGGAUUUGGGUGUUUGCAGUAAAUUAAAUUGGGUUAUGUUGUUUUAAGUUUUCUUUUUUCUAAAUGUAAAUUCUGGUUUGUCAAUGUUAUGAACCCUUUUAUUUCUUCUUUUUUCUUUUUCCUCUCUCUCUUUUCGGCCAACAAUGUUAUGGUGAUUCAAAUCUUACAAAUUAAAAUGUUCUUUAUCCU